AUGCCUGCACUCGGCGGCUGUAGCGGAAAGGGGUGUGAGAGAUGGACGCUGGAAGAAGGGGGAAAAGGAAGUCAAAAGUGCAGCGUCCGGGAGGUGGGCGAUCACAGGAUGAAGAGGAGUGAGAGCGAAGUCUCGGGUGUGAAGUGUGAGAGGAAGUAUCAAGCUGUCAAGACAGGUGCAUGUUCAGGUACGGAGACAGGUAACAAGGCCAAGGAAGCCGAUGCAGGUGCACUUCUUGUUGUCGGUCUCAGUGACAAGCCGAGAUGGUGCGAGAGCCUGCGACAUUAUGCCUACGGUGGCUCGAGAGACAGGGUAUCGAUGAGUAUUGGUUACCGCAGGGCCUCCCGUAUGAAGGCAAGGUUUCCAGGGUAUGGGGAGAACAACCACAUGGGUGGAUGGAUAAGAAGACGAGACGCGAGGAACAAGUGGGAAAGGGGUUUACGAUGCAACUCGGGAGUGAGAGGUGAGACUGAGACUGAACAUGAAAUACGGCACGGCAAGGCAGCCCGUCGUCACUCGGCCGGCGCGGACGGCGGACGGACGCUUCUCUCGCGUGCCACUGCCACAUUUACUCAGAUCGAGGAUUCGACUCACCUCACUCGAGAUGGGGACUGGAGUUGA